GUCACCCGCCAACGUCUGUCUUUUCGACACAGCAAAUAAUCCAAAAUUUUCUUCAUUAAUCAAUCAAAAUCACCAAUCUUUAAUAAAUAGUAAAUAAAUAAAUUUAAAGGAAAUUGCUCUUCGGCUUCGAUUCUCAUGAAUUCAAAUAUUGGUUUUCCUUCGGGAAUCUAACAUUUUUCUCAGGAACUUUCCUCAGAUCGCAAUUAGGUUUCUACAAUCAAGAACGGCCAUGGAUGAGAUGUUAUCCGAUCUAAUGUAUUUCGUGAAGAACCCCUCUUUUACAGAGACAUUCGUCGACAUCGUGCUCUGCGCAGUACCGAUUUGGCUCGCCGUAACGAUCGGUCUUUUGAUCGGAUGGUCUUGGCGUCCGAGAUGGACCGGGCUGAUCUACCUAGGGUUGCGUUCUAAGCUUCGGUUUCUGUGGACUGCUGCGCCGCCUGGGUUCGGCGCGCGGCGGCUUUGGCUCGCUUUCACAGCUCUCUCGGCUUUCUCCGUUUGCCGCAGCUUAUGGUCCACGAGAGCCAACAAAUCGACGAAUGGUUCGCCUUCGUCGCAGCAGGCUAAUGUAGAGGAGAGUCUUCAAAGUGAUGAAGUUUCCAGGGCUAGCGAUGAUAACACAACGGUGAGAGAGGAGGAGAUUGUGACGGAGAAUGAUCUAGAGCAUUUGCUGCAGCUGCUUGAAGUCGGAAAUGCGACCAGGGAAUGGCAAUCCAUGAUGGACAAGACUACUCCCAAUAUGAGUUACCAGGCUUGGCGUCAUGAGCCUGAGACAGGUCCUGUUGUUUAUCGCAGUCGAACCAUAUUUGAGGAUGCAAGUCCAGAUAUUGUUAGGGAUUUCUUCUGGGACGAUGAGUUUCGACCUAAAUGGGAUUUCAUGCUUGCCACCUUCAAAACUUUGGAGGAGGAUACUCAGACAGGAACGAUGAUUGUUCACUGGAGAAAAAAGUUUCCCUUUUUCUGCAGUGACCGAGAGUAUAUCAUUGGCCGGAGAAUAUGGGAGUCCGGAAACAAGUAUUAUUGUGUGACAAAGGGAGUUCCUUAUCCAGCUCUGCCAAAGCGUGAUAAACCGAGGCGCGUUGAGCUUUAUUUCUCAAGUUGGGUUAUCAGAGCAGUUGAAUCCAGAAAAGGAGAUGGACAGCCAUCGGCUUGUGAAGUAUCUCUAGUCCACUACGAAGACAUGGGCAUCCCAAAAGACGUAGCAAAGUUAGGCGUCCGUCAUGGCAUGUGGGGAGCAGUCAAGAAGCUAAACUCCGGUUUACGAGCCUACCAAACCGCCAGAAAAUCAGACUCGAGUCUAUCCCGGAUCGCUCAAAUGGCAAGGAUCACCACAGUACUGAACAUGGAUUCUAGAGGAGACGAUGACAGAAGCAGAGCAAUGGGCAGCUACGCAAGGAGACAACGGGACCAUUUGAGAAUGGACUGGAAAUGGGUCGUUGUAGGAGGUGUUGCCUUGGCUUGUGGCCUUCACACUGGUGUCAUUGGUAAGGCUUUACUGGCUGGAGCUGGUCAGAGACUUGCUCGUAGGUGAAAAACCUUAAUCGUAUUCUUAUUAUCUUCCAUUGACAGAAGAAGAGAAAUGUUUACAUAUAAAGCUAAAGCAGAUGUUUUUUUUCUUGCAACUCCGAUACGAAGAGCAUGUGGUUUUGAUGGUGAACCAUGUAUAGUAGUAGCAUUAAGCUGCGGAGUCUAAAUUGUUUGGAUGAGACCUAUCUUGUUACAUUGGAGACUUGAGAUAUCUAUGUAUCUUAUAAAUGAUAUAAAUCUACAAAGCUCCUAAAAGCUUACAGUCUUUGCA